ACCGAAACUGCGAUUUAUAAACACAUGCAAUACGGACCUGCAGAACUGCAAUCAAUCGUAGAAGAAAUCAGAGUCAUGUACCUGCCGUUCAUAACCGUUGUUGGCCUUCUUGCGGUAUUUACAGUUACAUUAGGCGCUCCAGUUAAUCAAACAGUUGGAAUCAGUUGGAAUGAAGUCACAGAGGGCUCUUUAAAACUAAAUGAACUUGCUAAAAGACUCUUAACUGAGGAGCUCAGUCAUUUGAAAAAUGUGGAAAUAGUUGUCAAAGGGCCAAGAGUGCUGGUGGAAGCCACAGACAAAUGUGAUCCAAAAAACCUAAGAGCAGAUUCAAUGCCUUGUCUUAAGAAGAUGGUUUUUGCUCUGAAGAACUACAGUACAGUAUUUGGGAUAAUUAGUCAGUUCAAGAAUAACUGUGCAAAAACUGGAAAGAUGGUGAACACAGUAGUGAAAAAACUCCUUUUAGACUUGAAGGAGCCCCAUCCUCAUUCAGAAGAGAAGUGGCAGGAAGUGAAGAGCUGGGAAGAGCCAGGACUGUGCCGUGACAAUAUUGAGAAGCUGUUCUCCUUCUCCAUCCUCAUGGCUCGGGUCUUUGCCCCUGGUGAUCCUGCAAAACACAUAAUGGAUUCGCCUAAAUAUUGUAUCUAAAGCUGCGAAGCAGGCCACAAUUGAUUCGUCAUCUGUGAUCUGUUUCAGUAUUAGACAACAUAGUAGUAGAUGGACAUCUACAUUAAUUGUAUGAUCAAUUUGAUCAAAAUAGUCUGAAAUGACAAGUAACUUUUGUGGUGUUGUAUGUUAUUACAAUGUUUCAUAAACAUUUCAUUAACACACUUAUAUAUCUGCCUGUGUUCCACUUUGGAACAGUUGUUUAUAUUUAGGAAUGUAUUUAUAUAUGUAUCAAUCCAUAUUAAUAUAUUUAUCAAAUGUAUGAAAUUGUGAAGUAACUUAACAUAUUUUUAACAUAUUUAAUUAUUUAACUUAUUUAAUCUAUGUUAACACCUAUUUAUCUGCCAAUGUAAUAUUUUUUAAACAAAAUGUAUUUAUUAUUGGAUAUAAUUUUCCACGUGUUAAAUUGCUUAAAAAAAUAAACAACUUUUAACUUUGAA